AUGAUACCUCAAUAUAAACCUACCCAAUCGAAAGGGCCGUGCUUGAUUUGUGUUAAACGGAAAGUCAAAUGUGAUCGGGAAGUUCCUUGCAUCAACUGUGUUAAAAGAGGUGAACAAGACAAAUGCAUCUCUUCUCAUAAGGGUGCUCUAAAUAAAGCAAAGGCGAGUAGUACCGGUAACAGACAGGAAUAUUUGGCUCUUUGGACUUCUUAUUAUACAUGGGUUUUUGAUUACGGCUUAUGGGAACAGAAUGGCCAAAAUUGGGCAAAGAAACGUCACGACAAGACCAGAUGGGAUUGGAAAGUGCAAACUGAAAGAUCGGAUUUUUGGAUCAAUCUGCUAAAUUCAGAAAUGUCUUUCAAGUUACUUGACUACUCCGUGCAAAGAUUGGGUGCUUUGUUUUUUGGAAUAUUGAACGAUGUUGGGGAACUAUAUGUCGAGCUAGAAGACUACUGGACCCGGUCUAAAGUUCCUAGGCAUGAAUUUACACCAGAAAAUUAUCUAUGGAAUGCACUCAUUUGGUCGAUUUUAACGUUAGCCGUGUAUCACGCACCUCUGAGCACUCUGGAGACGAUAAUGCUAGAAUCUCAAUUGGAUGCGAUACAAUUAGACUUUAAAAUAAAUGAACUGACAGAACAGACUAGAACAGAAGUCGUGAAUGCUUUCAGAGGCGUUUCUUUACAAAUGCUUCAUAGAGCCAACUUCAUGGCGUUUCCAGAUGUAAAAACGAUUCAAACAUACCUGGUAUUGGCAUCUACUUCCUUUCCGAUGGACGAACCAGCCCUCGCCAACAGUCUCUUGACACAGUGUCUACAUCUCGCGAAGUAUUUGGAGCUCGAUCUUUUCAGACCUUCUGUGGCUGAUACAACGGACAUGAGGCUGGUGAAGCUAGCGUGCGAGAAGAUAUGGUAUCGCCUGUGCGUCCACGAUUAUUGGCAAUCCGGAAUCAACAAACUAUUGUCUGUUCACGAAAUCAACAAUUCUCUCCUCAGCCAUGCCGCUUUCUUGAUGGACAAGCCAAACAUCGAUGUCUACCAGAGUGAAGAUACCUUUGAGGCUUUUCUCUGGAAAGUGGUGUCUUUGGAUCGAGAUAUUGAUAAAUAUGUUCACACACAGACGAAGCCUCCAUUGAAGACUUUGGAUGCCGUACAAAGACAAGUGGAUAUUUUUUUACACAAGGCGCAGGCGCUCGAUGUUAAAAGCUCCGCUAGCGUUAGAUGUGAAAGCUUUAUCAUUAGCUUCCUACUCAACGCAAUCAAUUGGAAAAUCAGCAACCUCACGUAUACUUACUAUGACCAAAAAACUGGACAUGUUAAGCUGUAUCAGUUUUCAACAGUGAUGGUUGCCCAAAUACUCCAAAACACCAAGACUGGAAUGGGGUUUUUAAACAAACUACCCUUUGUGAUAAAAAACAUCGCCGCUACGCUAAGUUUCCACUCUCUGUGUUUUAUAUUCGACACCUCGGCGCUGAACGAGCAGUUGGCUUUCGAUUUGACAGAAAUAUGCGAAAUUCUGGAAUUGAAAAACAACAAAUUUUUGAAAGGCGCAUGCGCUUUGGCCGAAAGGCUCAGGGAACUGAGAAAUAUUUGGCGUAAGGUCCGCGUAGUUGAUGACGGGGAGGGUUUCGGCCAUCCUGUUUACAAAAUAUUACAGAACGACAUGCUGUUUCUGAAAGAAAACAGCAGACGACAAAACCGUCUGUUUCUUAAAUGGGACCAAGUUCGUGACAGAAUUCCAUCGAACGAAGACGACGACAAACAAGGUCGUGACAUUACGCUGAUCGUUGAAAAUUUCGAGAAGACCUUCAGCUUACGAAGGAUCCUAGCCCAAUAUCAGUACAGUUAA